AUGUUCAUUUGUCUCGCAGCUCUUGCUUGUAUCGUUGUGAUUCUUCAUAUGAUCCGUUAUUGGGAGCAUCGAGACACAAUUAGGGAUAUUUUUGAUCAAAUUGAAAAAUGGCAUAAAACACGAGACGAAAAAUUCGUCGAUGAACUGUCAAAAGAAGAGUUUGGAGAAUCGUUACCGUUUUUAUACAAAUUUUGCAAAUAUUUUUGUAGCGCUCAUAUGUUCGUCGCCUUCUCCCCAUUUCUGAAUUUAAUCAAGCCAACCAUAACAACAACUUAUGCAAUGAAGUUUAUUUUCGUUCAAGAUGAACGCUUGAAUUUUUGGUUGAACUUUUUCGUUCAAGCUAUUGGACUUUGUUAUUGGAGUUUGGUAUUUUACUCCAUCGUCUUCAUAUUUUUCAACAUUGUCGUGAACGUUUUGAGCGAAUUGAAAAUAAUUGCUCAAAUUUGUCGAACUAUUGGAAAUUUAGAGGAAAAAAUGCAAGAAGAUCAUUUUUCAGAGCAUCCAUCUUUAUCCAAUGAAGUACUUAACGGAAUAUUUCAUAAUUCAACGAAAAUUCAGGAUUUGGAAAAAUUCCAGAAAAAAGACGCUGAAACAUCAAAAUUGUUAGGAACAAUUAUUAAAUAUCAUUCAAACAUGAUUUGUUUAAUGGACCAAAUGAGUUCCGUAUAUGCCUUCAACGUUCUUACUUGGGAAUUCAUCUUUACACUUGCUGUCGUUGCUUUUUAUACCUUGUCACGAUUUUCGCCAACCACAGCGAUUAAUAUGGGUCCCGUGCUAACAACACUCAGUUUGACGUACUUUUUCGUUUGCUACGUUUGUGAAUUAAUGAAGCAGCGAUUUGAUGACAUCGGAGUCUCGCUUUACUCGUCAAAGUGGUAUCUGCUAAAGCCCUGCCAUCGAAAGGAUCUUGUGACAAUUUUGCAGUUGGGCAAUAAAGCAAGGACUUUGAGGGUUGGUCCUUUUGGGUUUUCAGGUUUGGAGAGAUUUAAUGAGACUUCGACAUUUGUCUAUCGCAUUUGUGUCGCGAUUAAUAAUUUAUUGGUUGUGGAAUAA